AUGUUCGGACCUCUCCAGUCUUGUCGGUCUCCUUUCUCUGUGUACCCUUCCCUCUCUGUCUUCCGUCAUCGCCUUUCGUCACCAUCCGUUGUCUGUUCUCGCCACUGCUCAAGAACCCUGCAUUCUUCCCGCGGGUCUUCUUUCUCCUCCCCGUCGCCCCGCUCCUCAGAAGCUUCUUCGAGUUCCUCUGCCGCCGCUGUCUCUCGUCCCUCUUCUUCCUCGCCUUCUCGCUCCCCGUCUUUUUCCGCUUGCUCGCUUCCUGCGCGCGUCUUUCCUUCUAACUCUCCGAGUGCGUCGGCGGCCUUGGCUGCCUGGCCAACCGCCUCGCGCGCCGCUCUCCCCCGCGUCUUCCACCGGAGGGUCUCCUCGGCCCCAGCUGAGAAAUCGCCCCGAAAACGGACCAGCAGCGACACCUGGCUGGAGGUCGAACGGGCAAGGCCGCGCGUCCCGAACGCCUUCGACGGGACCUACCAGUGGCCGACACACGCGCCGAAUCCACUUGAGAUACAGCGCGAAUCUUUCCAAGCAUUCAUGCACGGGAAGCCCGAACGCUUCUCCAGGGAGCUCAAGGUGUUCCUCUACGGAUGGGGCAUGUUGUUCUUCGUAGUAGGCCUCACUUACGCGACAAUGAAGCUCAUGGCCCCUGACGACUUUGAGUGGGUAGAGGCGGAACGAGAACGAAUGGAGCAAGCAAAGCGGAAGAAGGCCAGCGCAGAAGCUGCUGCCUUGGCGGCUGCACGAGGAAGCAAAGAGCGAGGAGAGUAG